AUGAUGAUACCUCCUUCGUCYUUAGCCAAUCUAGUUUUAGGUUAUUUAAGGGAGGAAGGCCUGCAUGACACUGUUGAAGCAUUCUGCCAUGAAUGCAGUCAAACUAUUGAGGAAGAGAAAAGCAAUCCUUUGGUCGAACCUCCAAAUCUUAGAAUAAUUCUAGAAGAUCCACAAGGGAAAUUAUGUUAUCCUCUCUCAUCCUAUGCUAUCCCAUCCUAUGGUAUCUAUGCUGUGCCAUCCUAUACCAUGUUAUCCCAUCCCAUACUCUCCMAUGCUAUGAACUCCCAUAUCAUCCURUCCUGUCCCAUACCGUGCCAUUCYAUCCCAUCCCAUAUGUUUUCCUAUCCAAUCCCACCUUACGACAUACCAUGCCAUUCCCGUACCRUGCUAUCCCAAGCUGUCCUAUCUUCUCCCACGCUAUGCCAUCCCAUCCCAUGUUGUCCUAUCCUUCUCUAUGCCAUGCUACUCUGUUCUGUUCUCUCUAAGUCAUUAGUUCUAUUCACAGCAAACAACAGCAAUCCAGCRUCUGUCAUCCCAUCACUUUGGCGAAACCUUGAUGUAUURAUUGGACAGCUGAAGUAUCACACCAUACCACAACCAAAACCACUGAGUAUACAWCCACAGAAAGCSAAAAAGAAAAAAUUUUAUGAAAGGAUCCAACAGGACAAACCAGUAUCAAAUCCAUCCAACAGAAAUAAACCACGAACUCCUAGUACUUCUUCUACAAAUACCCAAAAGACAAGUGAUAAUGGRRUCCAACCURUGCAGUCGUUGGUUGUCACUGGUUUGCUUGCRCCAUCARGCUCCCCGUCAAAAUGGCAAUCUGUCAGACUUCAUGGAUCAAAUGUGCGCCAAGAAUCCUUAGCAAUAAAUACAGAUCAUCAAAGAUCUGUGGAGAUCACAAAGGAUCAUAUUGAAUCAACAGGAAUCAAUAGAGAUCAUUGCGAGUUAACAGAGAUUUGUUUAAAUACUGGAUCAACAGACAUUGUAAGGGAUCAAAAUGRAUCUUUGGAAACCACUAGUGAUCAACAAGGAAUAUCAUCUAGGAUCAUUAGGGAUCACCAGGAAUCUAUAGGGAUCACUAAUAACCCCGAGGGAUCACUAAAUGUUGCUAGGGAAGAUCAUGGAACACUAGAUAAUGGAUCAGAAGUUAUUGCARGGGGUCAUUAUGGGAUCACAAGGGAUCAAAAUGGAUCAGUGGUACACAAUACUGAUCAGGGAUCACUUUGCUCAACAAGUAAACAAUCUUCCUUGGAACCCAUAUCAAUUAUGUCACUUUCUAACUCAACUGUUGAUGGAGGUGGUGCAAAUAUCGAAAGCAGUGAGGUCCCUUGUAUCACAAUAGAUGAGUCACAAGAAGAAAGUACAUUUGAAGUCGAUGACACAGGUCAAGCUGAACAAAUGUCUGGAGUAACAGCUACAAAUGAAAUGUUGGAUUUUUCUUUUAAAUCUCCCAAGAGAAAAGGGAAUACACCAAAGAAAAGACAUGUUACCAAACCCUCCCCUGCUAAGGUUGUUCCCCAAGAUUCGUACCCUGUAGAGCUUGUGGAACUGCAACAACUUCUUGAUGGCGAAAAAGUAGCUGAUGCUGCCAUGCCRUUUCUGUUAGAUACCUUCUUAAAUACUCCUAUGCUACAAGAAAAACUGGCUGAAAAUAUAAAUAAAGUUGUUGGAAGUAGUUCUAAGGCAAGUGAAGUAACAGAAGAAGUCAUCAUAGAGGGUACAGAGAAACCAUCAACAUCUACCGAAGACAACAGCAAUGAUGAUCAGCAUCUUGAGAUUCCAGUGGAUGAUAUUUUGAGUUUGCUGGAAGCUGAUCCUGUCUUUGAAUCCUUACUUUCUAUUCUUGGAAAUGAUGGAACAAAGACAAGUCCUAACAAAGAAACUCAAACCUUCCCACAAGGCUCAAGUUCAUCUGGCACAGUACCACCACCUAGUACUGAAAAUUAUACAUCCAAUCCAGACAGCCAAUCAGCAACUUCACAGGCCACAGAGUCUCUUCUUCUGUUAUCAAACAGCCCCCCAAAGAUGUCAACUUCAACCACAUUAGUUCCUGCUUCAAAGACUUCAGCAGUUCCACUGAAACCCUUGACUCCUGAAAAAUACAGCCAACAGACUAGGCAUAAUACUACAACAGUUGUUGGACUGAGGCAGUCAGAGGACACUGAAGUCCAUGUUAGAGCUCUUAAGUUCUCUAGAGAUGUAACACCUAAAGGAUCGAACGACAAGCUUAAAAAGAUACCAAUUUCGAAGCCAGUAAGGAAAAACAUGACAACUGCCUCCAAGAGGAACCGAGUUUCUAAAAAACACAAGAAAAAGAAAGGAGCAAUGGUACCAAAYAGAAAAUUGCUGUUGCCAAGUAACCCUGUACCAACUGAACAACCAGCAGUUAAAUUGCUUCAGAGUUUAGCAUCAUCACACGCUUCAGCUUCAUCUACGUUAGUCAAUGAGUCUGCAGUGAAUGGUAGAAAUGGGAAUGGGAUUAAAAAAACGGGAGGUACUAUGCUUCAAGUGUUGCAAGAUGCAGCUGCAAUGGAAAAGGUGCAAGAAGAAGCACAGGGAACCCAUCAAAUCAACAAUCAAUCUCUAUUAUCUCCUCCUGUUGUCACACAACAAUUACUUGCACCAAACCCACCAGUCAUGAAUUUUCCUGGUGGAGCCACCUUAAYGGGAAACAUGCCGCCRCUAUGCCUUCCUUCARGUCUGCAAUUGAUGCAAAAASAUGCCAACAAGAUUAACAUUGCURGUGGUCUUACACAACAUGGAAAUAUUCCUAUUACACUAACUAUGGGGAAGGAUAAUUCAAUGUUUUAUUCUCAGACACAAAGUACUUGUAUUCCUCAACCACUACCGAUUACUUCCCCUGCAACCACWCUGACAGAUUUGAGUGAUUUAUCAUCAGCUCAAAAUUCUUCUCUGUAUAGUUUUGUUCCGAGUUUCCAACCAUCAGGUUUUYUGCAYCAAACAACUAGUGUUAUGAACACACUGYCAYAUCCUUCGCAAGUUGGUCGUAAAGAAAUGACUCAGGCAGUAGCUUCUCCAUCUAUUCUGUCAUCUAACAAUUCACCRGCYRAUAUUGUAAGUGSAGUUUCAGAGGGUGAASGRAUAAGASUUUCCAAACAAGCUCRACAUUUAACMAACUCUAUUAUCCUCUUGUUUGUGGACAAGGUCAAAACCAAGCUUCAUUAUCRAACACUUCUAUUAGCCAACAAGCUGCUACUUUGUCCAGUCAGUUACCUGGCARUCCUGAUGAAAGYGUUAGACUCUUUAGYAKACUUUCUGGAAAUGUUUCAGAACAAAAUCACAAAAGAGUUCCAGUUUUAA